UGCGCUGUUGCUGUUUAGUGCAGACGCAAAAUACAACAUUUAAUGUAAAAUCUACAAUUGUGAUUCACGUUUAGUGCUAUUAUUAAAACGAGAAUGUUGGAUAAAAGCGCCAUGAUGAGACACGCGAGGUGCGGAUGUAUCCCCGUGGAAACGGCCACAUUCAUUUUUGCAGUAUUUAGCUCUGUUAUAUCCGGCUUCGGGACUCUGGUCUUCGCCACCGCCAAGUCCUGGUUCUCGGCCGUCACUGGAGACGAGACGCUGGAACAGUUCUGGGAGGGCGACCCCGAGACCAUGCACAUGGAAAUGGGAGACCGGGUGUAUAACCAAAGGCUGGUGGACUACACAGCGGCGAUGGCGGCCAUGGUGUUCUGCUUCGUUUGCAGUGUGGUCACCUUUAUCUUCUCUGUGUUCCUGUGCUAUGGGACUAACAAGAGGCACCCAGGUUUCGUGAAGGCCUACCUGGUGUACGGCGUGGUGGUGACCAUCCUCCUGAUGGCCGGAGCUGUCCUGUACUCCUGGCUCAUGAAUGAAAUCAUUGUGGGUUCUGUCAUCCUCAUUGCUUGCGGUGUGUACUCGAUGAUCCUGCUGAUGGUCCAGCGCACAUACGAAAUCCUCCGGCUCGAGCAGAUCCGCAACUCCGCCCAACUGCUCUGCCCAGAGCCUGGCAUGAAAUCUUAAACAUUACAUC